AUGCUUCUGAUGCAUGUCUACAAAGAGAAGAAGAGGACUGGACCCCAGUCUGCAGAAAGACCCAGAGCUGCAGAUGUUGGUCUGCAGGAGAUUUUUGGAAAACAUCAGAUCAGUCUGAGGAGCAGAAAUCAACAUGUGGCUGAAGGAACUGAAGAAGCAGGAAGAGAAACGCUCCUCAACGAGGUCUACACUGAGCUAUACAUCACAGAGGAACUCAGACGAGAGGUUAACACCCAACAUGAGGUGAUGCAGCUGGAGACAACCACCAAGACCAACAAGCUCCAUCACACUGCAAUCAAGAACCCAGACAUCUUCAAAGUCUUCCCUGACCAACACAGAUCCAUCAGAGUGGUUCUGACCAGCGGAGUUGCUGGAGCUGGAAAAAGCUUCUCAGUGCAGAAGUUCACUCUGGACUGGGCCGAGGGCUUGGAGAACCAAGACAUCAGUGCUGUGGUUCCUCUUUCCUUCAGGGAGAUGAACUUGGUCAGAGAUGAGCAGCACAGUCUUCUCACUCUGAUCCAGCUUUUCCAUUCAACACUCCAGAAGAUCCCAGCAAAACAGCUGUCUGUCUGUAAACCUCUGUUCAUCUUUGAUGGUCUGGAUGAAAGCAGACUUUCUCUGGACUUCAACAACAGUCAGGUGGUGUCUGAUGUCACCCAGAAGUCCUCGGUCAACGUGCUGCUCUCUAACCUCAUCCAGGGACGUCUGCUUCCCUCAGCUCUGGUCUGGAUCACUUCCAGACCUGCAGCAGCCAAUCAGAUCCCUCCUUCAUGUGUGGACAGACUGACAGAAGUACGAGGCUUCAAUGAUGCUCAGAAGGAGGAGUACUUCAGGAGGAGAUUCCCAGAUGAAGAGCUGUCCAGCAGAAUCAUCUCCCACAUCAAGAGCUCCAUGUCCCUCUACAUCAUGUGUGAAGUUCCAGUCUUCUGCUGGAUCACUGCUGUGGUUCUGGAGAACAUGCUGACCACAGAGCAGAGAGGAGAGCUGCCCACCACCCUGACUGACAUGUACUCACACUUUCUGAUGGUCCAGACAAAGAGGAAGAAGAACAAGUACCAGCAGGAACAUCAGACAAGUCCACAAGAGCUGACAGAGACUGAUAGGGAGGUUCUUCUGAAGCUGGGGAGGUUGGCAUUUGAACAUCUGGAGAAAGGAAACAUCACGUUCUACCAAGAAGACCUGCAGCAGUGUGGUCUGGAUGUCACAGAGGCCUCGGUGUACUCUGGAGUUUGUACUGAGAUCUUCAGAAGAGAGCGUGAGAUCUUCCAGAAACCGGUCUACAGCUUUGUUCAUCUGAGCGUUCAGGAGUUUCUGGCUGCAGUCUACAUGUUCCACUGUUACUCCACCAGGAAGGUAAAGGUCAUUGAGGACUUUUUAAAUAACAGCAUGAAGAACCCAUCCCUGGAUGAGUUUCUGAGUAGAGUCAUGGAGAAAUCCCUGCAGAGUCAAACUGGACACCUGGACCUGCUUGUUCGCUUCCUUCAUGGUCUCUCUGUGGAUUCCAACCAGAGACUCUUGGAAGGCCUGCUGGGUCAGACAGAGAAGAAUCCAGAAACCAUCCCGAGAGCCAUCAACAACCUGAAGAAGAUCAACAGUAAAGGAGUCUCUCCUGACAGAAGCAUCAACAUCUAUCACUGUCUAAUGGAGAUGAAGGAUCUCUCAGUUCAUCAGGAGAUCCAAGAGUUCCUGAAGUCAGAGAACAAAUCAGAGAUUAAACUCUCUGUGAUCCACUGCUCAGCUCUGGCCUACACUCUGCAGAUGUCAGAGGAGAUUCUGGAUGAACUGGACCUGGACCAGUACAACACAUCAAAUGAGGGUAAACGGAGACUGAUCCCAGCUGUGAGGAACUUCAGAAAGUUCAGAAUUCCACAACGAUUUGGACUCUCAAAAACGGAUUAUGAAGUUGUGGCCUCGGCUCUGAAGUCCAAUCCUUCCCAUCUGACCGAACUGGACCUGAGCUAUAAUUACAUGCAGGAUUCCUUCAUGGAGGUUCUGUGUUCUGGAUUGGAGAGUCUAAACUGCAGACUCCAGACUCUAAGGCUGCAGGACUGCAGUUUGUCAGAGACCAGCCUAAAAGCUCUGGGAUCAGCUCUGAAGAACAACCCGUCCAAUCUGAAAGAACUGGACCUGAGCUGGAACACGAACUUGCAAAAUUCAGGAGUUCUUUGUCUGCGUGGUUUUCUGGAGAGUCCAGACUGCAGACUGCAGACUCUGAGGUUAUGGAACUGCAGUUUGUCAAAGAUCAGCUGUGCUGCUCUGGUCGCAACUCUGAAUUUAAACCUGUCCCACCUGACAGAACUGGACCUGAGCCAAAACAACCUUCAAUCUGCUGAUGUUCAGCAGCUCCAGGAUCUGGUGGAGAGUCCAAACUCCAAACUGCAGACUCUGAGGUGGUGUAGUGGAAGCCUCUGGUCUUCCUGGUGGAGCAGAGAAGAGAAUCAGUAGCAGAUGGUCUGCAGAGAUGUUGUUCCUGGAGGUGGAGAGCAGAGUGAUGGAGGAAUCAGAGGAAGUGGAGAUGAGUGUCAGAGCUGCAGCAUGAACUGAUCUGAGAUCAGCUCCACUGUCUCUCUCAGCAUCAAGUGGACAAGUGGACUAAAAUAAAGACUUUUUUUAACCUUUUGAUUUUUACUUGCACGCUAUUUUUGUUGCAUUGAAGGAAUCUUUAUUUGAGAUUUUAUCUGAUAUUUUGUGAGGUUUUGUUUUUAAUGUCUCAUUUUAAUUUUCUCUUUGUUCCAUGGUUACGUUUUAGUCAUGUUUUAGUCAGCUCUUUGUAAACUGGGAUGAAGCCCUUCCAGCAUUGAGGGGCUGAAAUUGCCCCAUGAUUUAUUUGCUAAUUGGAGAAGAGCUGAGCAGAAAGAGGAAGUUGACUCUCAAAAAAACAAUUAUUUUAGAUGUUUAGGAGCUCUGGAGAAAAAACAGACAUUUAGACAAACAUAAUCCAAAUUGUUAAAAAGAAAUCAGUCAUUACAAACUGACAAAAUGUUAAUAAAAAUGUUGUUCUCUCAUGGUUAAUGUUUUGUCUUCCAUAACUCUAUCUAUGUGUAAUUUAUCAUGAGGGAAUAUCAAUUAUUUGUUAUAUCUUUACUUUCUCUGA